UUGAUAUCUUCUAAACAAAGUCAUAGUGACAAAGCGUGUUUUGCAUGCCUAAUACGGGAUCAUAAAUCAAUGCUCGACCAAGCACGAAAUUGAUUAUUUAUGGAAAAGAAUAGACAAGAAAGUCGCAACUUUUACUAAUAAAGAAUAUUUGUGUACGGUUGAUGAAAUGAGAUGAUGUGACGAUGAGAUGAUCCUGUCUUUACAAGGUCAAGACCACAUGAAUUUCACGGAAAUUUGGGCGUCAAUAAAUAUUCGCUGUUUGCUGUUUAUGUUAUAGAAAAUUCCUAUUCAGGGAAUACUGAAUACCGCUAAAUGUUUAGAAUAGUUUAAAAAGGUUGCUAAGCAAUUUUCGUGCCUGCGUUGACACAGUGACACAGCCACAAGAGCUCUGAGAAUGGUGUAGAAUGAUGUGUGGAAACAAUGCUUCCCCAACAGGAACUUUAACCAUCAUUAAUCUCGUGUGUUUAACAAAAUAUGCGGGACUGUCACGCAUUGAUAUGGAAAAACAACAACUUAGCAACAGGAGAAUGUAACAAAAUGAGAUUUAAUAACAUAUAUGAACGAUGAAAUGGAACUUGGCAUGAUCUGAUUUGAUAAAGAAUGAUUGUUUAUGUCGAAAGUAAGCUAUUUCAGUUCAAGACUUUCACAUUGGUGUGUCAUUCCAGUGAUACGAUCGCAAGGGCAAGAGCCCACCUCCUUCAUAUUCUACACGAACUUGACAAAAAUCAUUAUCAAUUCAGGUUGAGAUUCAAAGGAGAAUAUUUGAGAGACUGUCAUACAUUCGACGAAUAUGGUAUUCUUGAUAACUCCGUCCUUAAAAUGGUUCCAAUGGCGAGAACAAAUGCAAAUUUGCUCAGCUUGGAUUCAAAUGAAAAUGUAAAUACCGAUGAAGAUCCGCUGACGUCGAUAGCGAAACCAGAUUUGAUCCAGGGCGGUCAUUUGCACGAGACUCAUAAAGCCGUCAUUCAGGAGGUCGAAAUUUUCAAGAGACGAGAAAAUCUUUUAGAAAAAUUUAUGGCCAUACUUUGGAUUCAUUUUCUAGCUACAUUAAUGGCAUUUUCAACUUACUUUUGGUAUUCCGGAUUUUGGUCAGGUGCUUUGAUGUUAUUUGGUUUGCACUAUUGUCCUACAUACUCGAGGUCAGCUGGCUUUGUUGGACGAAAUAACAUCAGCAACAACCAUUAUUUGACAUUUUUUGGUGUCGGGUCAUUUCUUAAUUGCAUUGCAUCAACCGCCAUGAGUGUUUACCUUAUUUUGGAAAUACAGUCUUUUUCAUGCGGAGAGAUGGAAAAUACGUGUACCCGUGCGAAAGAAGUUCUUACCUGGUCAGUUGUGCUGUAUGUUGGUCAGGCGUUAUUUCUCCUGGCAAGCCUCAACCUUGACCUGCUGUUAUUCAAAAAUUUUCAUUAUGAGGUUGGCGACAUUAUCGUUGAUAAAUUGGUGCAAUCACGAGAUCUCGAGAAAGUUUUGCGAAGUGCUAAACUUGGAGGAAUAAAAGAGAGACGGAAUGCCGCCUUUGAAAUGGUCGGUCUCAUCGCGAGUAACAUUGAAACCAAAAUGACAGUUGUGAACGAAGGAGGAUUGCAAGUUUUGAUAAACCUGGCCUUGUCCACAGACUCUGCAACCCAAGAGUAUGCAACCGAAGCAAUAGCAGAAAUGUUAACUGUUCCUGAGAUUCAGGGACACUUUGUUGAUGUUGGUGGAAUUCGUACUUUAUCUGCUUUACUCCAAAGCAAUGACAUGCGCGUUGUGACUGAAGCUGUUACGGCCAUGUCUUACAUCGUUGCUUAUAACGAAGCAAAUAAACUGGCAUUCAUUGCAGAGAAUGGACUAAAUGACUUGUCACACGUUUCAACCAAAGUAUCCGCCCCACUUUCAAGAAUCGUUGCUGGAAUGUUUCUUGAACUUGCUUUUAGUUCCGAAAUCCGCUAUGUCAUGUCUUUAGAUAAGUCUUCAGUUCAAGCGUUGCUUUCACUUUCAAAAGUUGAAGAUCGUGAGACACUGCGAUUGUCCCUGCAGACAUUGGAACUACUUGCAAUAGAAAACCCAGCUUCCAUACUUGAUAAUAGUACAUUGCUACUUCAUUUAUUAUCAAUGGCAAAGUUAGAAGAAGACGAGCAGUUGUAUCUUUUGGCUGGCAAGAUAAUGCUGUACUACGCAUCCGAUGAAAACGGUUGUAAAAGUUGAUAGAAUCUGGCAAAUUAAAAGCUACUCUUACGCAGUUUUCACACACGACCGACACAGCUCUGCAGACUGUUAUCGCCAAGAUCAUUUUCGCUGUUGUCGAGUCAUAUGAAGACAGGAAUACCAUUGUAGACAUGAAUCUUGGCGAGGUAUUAUUAAAUAUCCGGGAUACUACAGACAAUGCAGCAUGGGAGAUGAUUCACCAGGCUUUGACCAUUCUCAAAGACAUUGCACUGUCCAAUAAGAAAUCAGAUCUCAGCACCAUGUUGUCAGAUGAUGGUAGUGGACCAAGCACAAGCGGGGAGUCUCAAGUAGACAAAUCAAAAACGAUAAAAAAAAAUGAUUCACGCCAUUCAAAUUCAUGAUGUAAACACAAUGAAUGCGAGUUUAUAACUUGGUG